GCGCGCUGCACGAGAUCACGAACCUCUGAACACACAUCUCUUCCAAUCCGGACUUGCCCCAGAACAAUAUCCCACUCGCCUCCAUCGAUAGGGCUGUAUCUCGACACACAGUCCGGGCGGAGUCCGCUUGCUUUGUGAUAUAUCCAUAAGGCAAUCAAGCUGCACUCUAUCGUCGGAAUCCUACAUCAUGGCGAAGGAGGCGGAAAAGGCUAAACCUCAGAAUAAGGGCAAAGGAAAAGCUGAAGAUGCUCCGCCGUCAGAUGGCACUGAGGAAAAGCAAAAUGUCAAAGAGAAGAAAGCUGGUGACCUCGACUUGCCACCAGAAGAGCUGAGCGAAGAGGACCAGAAGCUCAAGGACGAGUUGGAAAUGUUAGUGGAGCGAUUGACGGAGUCAGAUGCAUCACUCUUCAAGGCCGCUCUUGAAGCGAUCAAGUCAACCAUCAAAACAUCUACCAGCUCAAUGACGGCUGUGCCGAAGCCGCUCAAGUUCCUUCGACCGCACUAUGAGAAGUUGACUCAUGCGUACGAGAAAUGGCCGAAGGGUGAGAAUAAGGACUCUCUUGCAGAUACAUUGUCUGUCCUGGGUAUGACCUAUUCGGACGAUGAGAACACCAGAGAUACCCUGAAAUACCGCCUCCUUGCACCGAGAACAGAUCACGGGUCGUGGGGACACGAGUACAUGCGUCACUUGUCGUUGGAAAUCGGACAGGAAUACCAGCAUCGACUGGAGCAAGACCAAGACGUGGAAGAUCUUACCAACCUCACACUGACACUUGUUCCGUUCUUCCUCUCUCACAAUGCAGAGGCGGACGCAGUCGACAUUCUCUCAGAGCUUGAGAUGAUUGAGCAGAUCAAGGAUCAUCUGGACGAGAACACUUACGCCCGCGUGUGCUUGUACAUGGUUUCUAUGGUCCCACUCCUCACCUACCCUGACAAUGAUCGCUUUCUGCGAACUGCGCACGAAAUUUAUGUUCAAUACAAACAGCUGGCUCAAGCCAUUUCUCUUGCGAUACGAUUGAACGAUCUAGAUCUCAUCAAGUCCGAUUUCAACGCAACAACAGAUAAGGCCCUAAGACGCCAGCUUGCCUUCAUUCUGGGUCGACAACGGAUAUGCCUCGACCUUGGCGAGGAUGUUGAGGAUCCAGAGUUGCAAGCAUGCUUAGAUAACACCAGGUUACCUGAGCACUUCAAAUCGCUUGCUAAGGAACUCAAUGUGCUCGAUCCCAAGGUUCCCGAAGACAUUUACAAAUCACAUCUCGAAUCAAGCCGGACUGCCGGCCUCACAAACACUGAUUCUGCUCGGCACAACCUCGCGUCAGCAUUUGUGAAUUCCUUCGUCAAUGCAGGCUUUGGAGAUGACAAAUUGAUGCUCGUAGAAGGAGGCGUAAAGGCAAGCUGGAUUUGGAAAGUCAAAGAGGAUGGACAAGUUUCAACCGCAGCCACGCUGGGUAUGCUCAUGCUCUGGGAUGUUGAGGCUGGAUUGGACAAAAUUGAUGCCUACACGUACGUGUCCGAUGACGGCGUCAAAGCUGGUGCCGCACUCGCAAUGGGAAUUAUGAACUCUGGUGUCAGGCUCGAUAGCGACCCUACCUUGGCUCUGCUCGGUGACUUGGACGACAAGUCGACGAACGAACGCGUGGCAAGGAUCAUGGGCUUGGGUCUGGCUUACGCUGGCUCGAACAAGGAGGAUUUGCUAGAGCUCCUUCUGCCACUUGUUCAGGAUACCGGUGUGGACAUGCAGAUCUCUGCAGUCGCCGCGCUGUCUCUCGGUCUGAUCUUCGUCGGAUCAGCCGAGUCUGACGUGAGCGAGGCAAUCAUCCAGACCUUCUUGGACGAGGAUCGCAACAAGCAAUUGAAGGACAAAUGGACUCGCUUCAUGACCUUGGGUCUCGCACUGCUCUUUUUCGGGCAACAAGAGGAGGUUGAUGUCGUUCUCGAGACCUUGAAAGCCAUUGAUCAUCCCAUGUCAAAACCAGCUUCCGUUCUAGCGGAGAUUUGUGCUUGGGCAGGCACUGGUACGGUUCUCAAACUCCAGCAGCUUCUUCAUAUCUGCAACGAGCACAUCGAGGAUAAAGAUGAUGACGACAAGGAUUGGGACGACAAGAAGGCCGCUUCAGGUGAACAGCUCGUGCAGGCUUAUGCCGUUCUCGGUCUCAGUCUUGUCGCCAUGGGCGAGGAUGUUGGGCAGGAAAUGGUUCUGAGACAAUUCGCUCAUCUCAUGCACUACGGCGAAGCCAACAUCCGAAAGGCUGUCCCUCUUGCCAUGGGUCUCAUAAGUCCUUCAAAUCCGCAGAUGAAGGUUUAUGACACUCUCUCAAGAUAUUCCCACGACAACGAUAUCGACGUCGCCAUCAACGCAAUCUUUGCCAUGGGCAUGCUUGGUGCGGGAACCAACAAUGCCCGUAUUGCGCAACUUCUUCGACAGCUUGCCUCUUACUACCAUCGUGAUGCGCAUGCUUUGUUCAUGGUUCGGAUUGCACAGGGGCUGUUGCACAUGGGCAAGGGCACACUCACCAUCAAUCCGUUCCACACCGAUCGCUCAGUGCUCUCGCGUGUUGCUGCUGCUGGUUUGUUAACUGUGACAGUCGCACUCAUCGAUGAUCCCAAGGCUUUCAUCCUCAACAAUCACCAUUAUCUCCUGUACUACAUUGUCACUGCAAUGCAUCCGCGCUUCCUGGUUACGCUGGAUGAGGAUCUCCAGCCGCUUCAGGUGAAUGUGCGAGUCGGUCAGGCUGUCGAUAUUGUUGGACAGGCCGGUCGUCCCAAGACCAUCACUGGCUGGCAAACACAGUCCACGCCAGUACUGCUGAGCUAUGGAGAGCGCGCGGAAUUGGAGGACGACGAAUACAUUUGCUUGGCCAACGUGAUGGAAGGAAUCUGCAUACUGCGAAAGAAUCCCGAGUGGCAGGCACCUUGAUCAGCAACCUGCUUGCAGGUUCAAUUGUCCGACACAACGGCAAGAUUUGGGUUCGAG